AUGGAGCCGUUUAGAUCCAAACUGUAUAUCUCCCGUUCUUUAUUUGCCUCAUCUAAAUCUCGUCAUGACAACAUCAUAUUUGGCCAUCCAUUCAAUCAUCAUGUGGAUCUAUUCCUGCCGACUGUUGUUUCUUCAGAAAACGUAAAUCUAUGGAACACUGGCGAGAUAUUUUAUUAUAAAGUCAAUUUGCCAUUAUCAUAUUUUAUCGACGAAUCAUUUAUUAACAACUAUGUUAACAAAGGUCAGGUCAUUGCAUUAAGCUUGACUGAAGGAAUAGAUAUCUCAGACGUGUUCUCUAUCGACGGGAAUGGUAUAUUGACACUAAAUGUAACAAAAGAUACGUAUGAAUCACUUGGACUUGCGGGAAAGGCGGCCAGAUUUGGAUCUAGAAAUCAAAGAUUUGUUAUUGAGCUCCAAUUAUCGGCCAAGGCAAUGAGUCCAGGAAAGAAAUUUUACGAAAGGAUAAAAUGGUGCUUUGAACACACGCUUGUUGAUUCAUUUCCAUUUGUAAUUAUGUAUAUCAAUGCGACAACUAAUAAGCCAUCCGAAAUGAAGUUUCCGUCUGUAUUCCAAUUUCAGAAAUUCACAGUACAACCUUCAUUACAAUCAACGUCGCAUAUAUUGAUACCAGAUAUUAGUUUGAUAAAGAAUCCAACAAAUGAUUACUGGAAGUACAGAGCGAUCGAAGUGUACGAUUGGAUUGGAAUGGCAUCAUUACAAGCGGAUAGAAUUAACUCUGAUGACAAUGUGGAUUCAUAUGUCUCGCUCUAUAAACCUCCUGAUCCAUAUUAUUCUGGCAACGGUGAUCUGGUAAAGUCGAUGGACAUUCCGUGGGCAGCUUUGACAGUAUGUGGGUUUGCAGAUUCACCUAUCUCAUGGAUUAAACAAGAGCAUGGCUUUUUAAUGAGUGGAGAGAAUAAUUACACUUUUAUUGUCUGGAAUGAUGGUACCUACGUUCUCUAUGAAGCUGUUGGAAGUUGUGAUGGUUACUCUUGA